CGGCGGUUUAUCGACGAACCGCGAUUCUGAAUCUCGACCAUGGCGACCAGUAUGCCUGGUUCGGGCUCCGGGAAGUGGAGUUCUAACUCAACAAGUACGGAAGAGGACGCUAACACCAACGGUCUCGAAGUGGGAAUGAUGGGAAUGAAUCUCAUGUCGGGCCUCGGCGCGGACUACGCGCCGGACUUGAAGGCCACGAAUUUUUCGAGGUCGCCGCUGGAUGUCCGUGAAGGAAUUUUGUUGCAUCCUCAGGAAGGAACGCAAAGUUCUGUUCGAACGUCCCUUGGAAGCGAGAGGAUUAGUGAAUCGAAAAGAUACGCCAGAUCUGCGGGGCUGGGGGAUACUCCUUCUUCGCCAGUGACUAAACCCGAGCAUAAGACAAACAACUCCACUACUUCUCCGUCCCUAACUCUCACGCCCAAUUCUUCAGUUGACGGGAAUUCAGAUUGGAAUAGUCUGGGAAACAAGGCGUCACCGUUCAACACAGUCGAGGCUCCUGCAAUGCCAUUCCUGCAUACACACAAUAGACGCGACGGACAAAUGAUUGCAAGCUUUGAUCGUACUGAGAACGAGGACGAUGGUCUUCUUGGGCUAGAAGCACUUCGGGAGAGGGCGUAUUCAUCCCCCGGUCAUUUGGCGCAGUCGCCACCGAUUAUGAGGGGUAAUGUUGCCAACCAAAGUACAUCUACUCAGUCGCGCAAUCCCUCGAGAGAUCGACCGCCGCUUUCACACUCUACAUAUGGAGAAGGAAGCUCCAGCUAUGGCGGGGAUCGCAGUGUGGGAGAACGAAGUAUUGGAAGUAUCGGCCAGGUCGCCGGGGACCGCAGCGUGGGUGAUCGGAGUGUUGGUAGUAUCGGACUGUACUCAGGUGAACUUAGUGCUGACAAUGGCAGCGUAGGCAGUCAGGGCCAGUCGAAUCAGACAUCUCGAAAUCAGAAUACUUUUGGUUUUGACGCACACGAUACUCUUGGAUUUGGAGCAAUCGGUCGGACGGAACUGCGUCAGUCGGCCAUAGAAUACGACCCCUCGAGACGGCGUGCCUCGAGCUCGGACACUUUCGGUCAUUUAUCUGGUCGACAUAGCGGACCGUAUACGCAGCCAGUGUCUCAAAAAUUUGCUUCCUUUCCCACGCUCGGUGCUCAUAUUCGCCAUCAGCGUAUGCCGCAAAGUCAGCAUUCUACGUCAUUCGGAGAUUUGCAGAAGCCGCGUCACAUUCGUUCAGUUUCGCAACCUGUUGUUGGCAACCUCAAUGGCUCUCAACUUCCUCCCGGUCUACAAGUUGAUCCGCGCUACUACCAGCAAGCAAACCAAUAUGGAGAGGACAUUUACAAAUCAGGAGUGGCGUCUCGAUCCUCGAGUACUAAUUAUCCUGUCCAGUCUUCUUCGUAUGAAGGGGUGCGAUACCCUCCACAGAAGCAUAGAGGUUCCAUGCCCAACUUACCUGCCGCCUCUCUAUACGGGCCAACUGUGGGCGGUUACCCGCCCUUGCAGCGCCGGGAAUCAGUUGAUUUCUUGUUACAUCCGAAUACACCGCAGCAAAAAGAUGCAGAAGAGAUGCGUGGUUUUGGUCCCAGCGUUAUUUCGCCUAGGCAAAACCAGAUGCAGUACGCUACCCACAAUAGAAUUGGUAGCGACAGCGGAAUGUUUGGUUCUCCCGUCUCCACCGGUGGUGUACCAGUGCGGGGACACAUUUCCGCGCGUCAUCUUAUCCAAAACAACGAAGAUAGUGAACUUGCCCUGGUAGCCGACCAUUUUGGUGAUUCCUCAGCAGACUACCUUCGAGGAAGCUCGAACCCACUUCGUGUUGCUACGCACAGCCAUUCCAUGUCACUAGAUCAAAUGCCCCAACAGUAUCUGGAAGGCUCUCAACAUGUAUCAGCCAUGAAUAUAAAUAUGGCAAUGCCCAAGGUUGUGUACAAUGUGAAGUUCAAAAGAAGCCAGCGUAAUUUUGUUCUUGGGCCAAGAAUUAGUAGAGAUCUAAAGAUUGGUACAUACGUUAAAGUUGAAGCUGAUCGGGGAGAAGAUUUGGGGAUUGUGGUCGGGAUGGUACCAGCAGAGAGAUACAGUUUUUCAAGUCGGUCAUCGUUCUCCUCUGGGGUAGGCCCUGCUCCAAGUAGUAUCGGAUCUUCGAACAUUGCAGACUUGAAGUGCAUCAUUCGACUAGCAACACAUGAUGAAGUUUCCCUUCUAACCAUUAAGCGUGAUGAAGAAGAAGAGCUUCUCAAGAUCUGCAGGGGAAAGGUCCGACAGCGUGGUCUGCCCAUGCAUGUUGUCGACGCUGAGUACCAGUUUGAUCGACAUAAGUUGACCUUCUUUUUCGAGGCCGAAGGUCGUGUCGAUUUUCGGGAACUAGUACGCGAUCUCUUCAGCAUGUACAAGACGCGUAUCUGGAUGCAGCAGCUUGACAAAACAACGUCGACUAGCUCACCCGCCAUGAUGGUCCCCACCAGUCAAAACUUUCAGAUGGACUUUGGUACACCCAUUAUUGCUCCAGUCAGCGAGUUCGCGGACUCCGUCAUGUUUCACGGAGCCUCUGGUACUGAUUUAUCGUAUUGAAAAGCCCAUUGCGAAUAGAGAAAGAUAUACCUAUACAACGAGGCCGAGACAAGUGGUUUGCCCUAUCAAUUACAAUACCACAUGGAUUUUCGGCGAUGAGCGUCUGCGCAUAUUGUGAGGCGCAGAGAGGUUCUUGACACAUCGAUGUUGCACUUAUUUGUUUACAUUUCACACAGCUACUGUGCCGUCUAAGCUAUGCAAUUCGAUUUGCAGCAUUCUGCGCGGCUUCGGCGUUUGUGUUCACUGUCAGACGAGAUAUUCUAUAAAUUAAAGAGACGUAGAGAUUAUUACUUUUG